CCCUCCUUAUCCCCCGGCAGUGCAGCUAAUACAGGAGAGGAUCCAGUCUCGGCUCAAGUCUCAGCUCAAGUCUCAGCUCAAGUCCUGGGAUCCGUGAGGAGCUCUCCUUCCUCUGGGCACUGACAUCUCUUUCCCUUGGGCUCCUCGUUGCUCACAUUUCUCUCCCUGCCCAGGAGUGCUCAGCAUAUUAUCAAGUGCCUGUUGAUCCGAGGCACCAGAACCUUAUCCAGCACCCGCUGAUUCCGGAGAAGGGCAGUUGCACCAAAUUGCAGCCGAUCUUGGGCACGGGAUAUUUACCCGACACCUUCUAAUCCCGGGGUGAGGGACGUUAUCAAGCUCCUGCAGACGCUGGGAACUGGAAUGUUAUCCAACACCUGUGUGAUCCGAAGAGCUGGAAUGGUAUCCAGUGUAUACUGAUACUGGGAAUAAAAUGAUACACUGAUCCUGGGAAUGGGAAUUCCAUCCAGCACCUGCUGAUUCUGGGAACUGCUAAGAUAUAAAGUGCCUACUGAGUCUUUAAACUGUCAUCUUAUGCACCCCCUGCUGAUCCUUGGACUGAACUGUAACUAACUACCUUCAAAUCCGGCUGCAAGAAUGAGGCUGCGCGGGGUUAAUGUGAUCCUAAUGUUCCUGAGCUCCCAGGUCCUACAAUGUCUGUGUGUCCAGGAGCUUCAUGUCAACACAGAGACUGCCAAUAAAAUUUCAGCAGCAGGAAAAAGGAUGAAAUGCUCUUCCCCAAUGGACAUUCUCAUCCUACUGGACGGCUCCAACAGCAUCGGGAGGGGUAGUUUUGAGAGGUCCAAGCAUUUUGCCUCCAAGUUAUGUGAUGCCCUCGAUAUUGGCUCUGAUCUGAUACGAGUGGGAGUCGUACAACACAGUGGAGCUCCGCAGGUUGAAUUCCGUCUCGAUUCAUCUUUCUCCAAAGCUGCCGUUAAAGAGAAAAUCAAGUCCAUUGUGUUUCAGGGUGGCCCUACUGAAACUGGUCUGGCUCUGAAAUACAUUGUGUGGAAAGGUUUCCCUGGGGGGCGACCUCCUUCUGUGCCCAAGAUCCUCCUAAUUGUGUCUGACGGGAAGUCCCAGGGGAACAUAAAGCUUCCGGCCGCCCAGAUAAAGGGAGAGGACAUUGAGGUUUUCACUGUUGGGGUGAAGUUUCCCAGGUGGGAGGAGCUCCAUGCGCUGAGCAGUGAGCCGCAGGAAGCGCAUGUUCUAUUUGCCGAACACGUGGACGAUGCAGUGAAUGGCCUGGCCACCUCCCUGACCAAUUCCUCUCAUUGCAGCUCUACCUUACCUGGCUGCAGCGUCCAGUCCUAUCCUUGUACCCGCAAGACUCUGGAAACUGUCAAGGAACUAACAGGAGACUAUAUGUGUUGGAAAGGCUCUGCCAGGCCGGGUACUGUGUUUCCUGGGCACUGCCCCUUCUACAGCUGGAGACGAUUCUAUAACAAGCAUCAAGCCCAGUGCCACCGGACAGUGUGUCCAGAUCCCUGUGAUUCGCAGCCGUGCAAGAAUGGAGGGACAUGUAUAGCCGAGGGGCAGGAUAAGUUCCACUGCGUCUGCCCAGCAGGAUUUGGGGGAGAUACAGAAUGCGCCCCUCAGCUCAGCCUGGAGUGUAACAUUGACCUUCUGUUCCUUGUGGACAGUUCCGAUACAACUUCCCUGGAAGGUUUCAUGCGACACAAAUCUUUCCUGAAACGUUUUAUCCAAGCGUCGCUUUCUGACGAGUCCCCACUCAACGUUGGCGUGGCGCAGUACAGCAAUGAAGUGCAAAUGGUGGUGAAAAUUGGUGAAUAUCAGAGCAUGGCGGAGCUCCUGAAACACAUAGAUAACAUGCGUUUUAUGGGAGGUGGGCUCUUCACCGGUAAAGCUCUGCGCUAUGUCACUCAGUACGGAUUUAAGAGCACCCCAGUUUUCUCUGAUGUCCGUGAUGAUCUCCCACGUCUCGUGGUGCUCCUCGCAGGCUCCAAGUCUCAAGACUCAGUGAUCGGGCCGGCAACCUAUGCACGUGAUCAGGAGGUCUUCCUUAUAGGAGUGGCUAGUGACCCCAACAAAGAUGAAAUGGCAGAAAUAGUAGCGAACCCCCUACAACUAGUCACAUACUCGAAUCCCCAGCAACUGUUCAACCAACUGCCUCAGCUUCAGAAGAGGAUCUGCAGUAUCGACGUUCAAGGUUGCCAGGCCCAGCCAUUAGAUCUCGCCUUUGUGCUGGACGCUUCCACUGCUGUAGGACAGGAGAAGUUUAAUAGACUGAAGAACUUUGUCACAAUGGUCUCCCUUCAGUUUGAUAUUAAUCGUGACGUCACCCAGAUUGGCCUGGUCACUUACAGCAGUCGCCCUGAGACAGUCUUUGGACUGGACACUCAUGACUCGGGCUCAAGCCUCCUGCAAGGGAUUGGCCGUGCGUCCUAUAUGGGCGGAUCUGCGUCCACCGGAAGUGCCCUACUCCAUGUCUACAACGAUAUCAUGACUGUGCAAAAGGGGGCCCGGCCUGGGGUGAACAAGGCUGUCGUCGUGAUCACGGAUGGAAGAGGAGCAGAAGACGCGGCCGUCCCUGCACAGAAAUUGCGGGAUAAUGGCGUCAUGGUAUAUGUCAUUGGUAUAGGGAACAUCCUAAGGAACUCCUUGCUGCGCCUGGCUGGAUCCGAGAAGUUCCUGAUCAGCGUCCCGUCCUAUGAGUCUCUGGGGCACUAUGAGGAUUCAGUUGUACAGAGAGUUUGUGAAGACGCCAAAUCCCCGGUGAACCUGUGCAAGCCCAAUCCAUGCAUGAACGAUGGCGUUUGUAUUCUGCGCCAAGGCAGCUACCGGUGUGACUGUCGGGGCUGGGAUGGGCCCCACUGUGAGACGAGAAUACUCCGAGGGGAUUCCCAUUGGCCGCAAGGACUGCAUAGCAGGAGUCGCUAACAGAGGCACUGGCGGAAACGCAGGCUGAAAUCCGUAUCAGGCAGCAGAACUUCCCGGAAGAACCCGUAGUUCACUGGGAGUAGCGAUGGGAGUCACUGGACUGGUUUCAGGAGUGGGGACUUGCGCUUGUCCUUGGGCAGGUUUAUACAAGUUUUGUAUUAAUUAUUGUAUCUGACUAAUCCAAUGCACCAGGGCAUGUCAGGGUGGCUGGGGGGUCCCAGAGUAACAGAGAAGGAAGAGACUUCUGCUGUUGCCUCCCUGCCCCAAAAAGCCUUCUGCUGCUGCUGGUAGGAUGCUGGGAAAUAUCUUAAAGACGAAAACCUCAUAUAAACCCAAAUCUCAUGGGAAUAAAAAAACUUGCUAAAUCGAAUCAAUUAAAAAUUCUGCACCGUUUCACUAUCCUUCGCUCAGCAGUCUCUCUACACGCAGCUUUGUGUCAGUGUCAGUUAUUGUUAGCUAGGCUAAUGGAACUUCCACCGCUGGUCUCCUCCAUGCGGACAGACAGACAGACUGAUGAGCAGGGGGAGAUUGAAAUGAUACUGAAUUUUCUAAUUGAUUAUAUUUAUAGAAUUUCUUAUUUCCAUGAAAUUAAGUUUAUAUCAGAUUUUCAUUUUCACAUUUGUUCCCAUUGAAAAACAUUUCCAACAAGAAUACAAAGAAUAUCAUUUAUUAUGUCAUGUAAUAAUAUUAGGGAUGCACCAAAUCCAGGAUUCGGUUCAGGAUUCGGCCAGGUUUCGGCCUUUUUCAGCAGGAUUCGGCCGA